GCAUAACAGUGUAUAGUUACAAAACCAGCAAUUAUCUAACAGCAAACACAGCGUGACUCAGCCCCUUCUGUAAGCGUAUAAGAGCCAGCCACAGACCCUAGCCAUUAUCUGCAGAUCUCCCUGGAAAGCUUCUAAAAUGUUGAAAACGGUGAAACAAGCUUUAUUCUCAACUGGACUUCAGAAUCCAAAAUAUACUGCAGUCGAGAAUGAGGGUUCAGAAUAUGAGACUCGCAAUUAUGAACCUGCCAAAUGGAUGAGCACUUCAUUGGAAUCCGUCAAAGACUGGGACUCUGCUGUUGGUACUGGUUUUAUGCGUCUCUUUAACUACAUCCAAGGAAACAAUGAAAAGAAAAUGAAGGUUGACAUGACUGCGCCAGUGACAACUUUUAUUCAGCCUGGAGCAGGACCUGCCUGUGAAUCCACUAUUACCGUGUCAUUUUAUAUCCCUCCUGAACAUCAGGAUGAUCCACCUAAACCAGCUGAUACUGAUGUCUUUAUUGAAGAAAGAGCAGAAUUAACUGUUUAUGUCAGGUCUUUUGGUGGGUUUACAAAUGCAGCAAAGAACCAAGAACAACUUUUGCAGCUGUCAGAAAGUCUGAAACGUGAUGGAAAGUCUUUUGAAGAAACUACAUACUACACAGCAGGAUACGACAGUCCUUUUAAGCUAUUUAAUCGACACAAUGAGGUGUGGUUGAUAGCAAAACCCUGAAAAUCAAAACAAAUAGAAGAAAGGGAAAAUGAAAAACAUUGUUACAAAGAAAGGCAACUUUUGCCAUAAAUAUUUUAUAACUUGCCGAUGCGCUGAGAAACCUAUAAAAUAAUUAUAGUUCAACAGAAAAUUAUGUGUAACCUGUUAGCCUUUUUUGUUUGUCUAUCAAAA